AUGAGCCCUCUGAUAAGAAUCGCGUUAGCAAUAAACUUAAUCUCUAGCUCCCACACCUUUAAAAUCUUGAGGAAAUACUCAACUCACCUUCAUGUUCUUCUCAAGUGGAUAUUCAACAUCUUCCUGAACUACCUGUGCUAUCCCUUAAGCAAAUUCCAGGAUUCUCAUGGUGUAUUCAAACACGUGUAUGAAAAUCACGAUGAUGUAGAUUGUGCUGUGUGUCUCGGCAAAGUGAAAGAAAAGGAAGAGAUUAGAAAGUUACAGUGUAAACAUGUGUUUCACAAAAGUUGUUUAGAUACUUGGAUUAGCUUGAAAUACAAUAACACAACGUGUCCUAUCUGUAGAGUUUCAGUAGGUUCAAUAAUGGAAGAGGAUGAUGAUGAGUUGUUCUAUGAUGAUGAGUUUCAGAUUCCGUGGAUGCGUUGA